ACACUCUUUUAUCAUGUAUUAUCAUUAAUAAAAUCACUAUUAAUUUUCUUAAAUAAAUUGUUACGUCCAUCUAUAUAUUCUAAUAAUAUCUAUUUCUUCUCAGAAGUGCCAUGGAUUUUAGCAAGGUGGUGGCCGAGAAAAUCGCUGGCGAGAAGCAUGAUUUAUACGAUAUAAAAAAUAAAUUUUCGAGCGCGGUGUUGAUGUUUGCUGCUGCUCUUCUAGCAUGUAUGGUGUUAUAUCAUGCUGCUCCGGCACUGCAGGUGUAUUCCGGUACAAUGGCUUUUUCUCCGGCCGAGUCUAACGUUUCGUCUUCUUCUCAGGUAGAAGAUUUUAGCUUGGAAAAUGUCUUGUCAAAAGCAUCAAUGCCGAACAACACAGUGAUACUGACCACUCUGAACGAAGCCUGGGCUGCUCCCAACUCUGUUUUUGAUCUGUUUCUCCACAGUUUUCGGAUUGGAAACGAGACGAUUGAGCUUCUGAAUCAUGUGGUAGUUAUCGCGAUGGACGAGAAGGCGUAUAAUCGUUGCAUAGCCAUACAUCCACACUGCUACUAUCUCAGUAGCAAUGGCACUGAUUUCUCCGGUGAGAAAGACUUCAUGACUCCGGAUUAUUUGAAGAUGAUGUGGAGGAGAAUCGAGUUUCUGGGAACAGUUCUUGAUCUCGGCUACAGCUUCAUCUUCACGGAUACUGAUAUAAUGUGGUUCAGAAAUCCAUUUCCAAGGUUUCAUCCUGAUGCUGAUUUUCAAAUUGCAUGCGAUUUCUUCAAAGGGAAUUCAUUGGAUAUAAGUAGAAACUUACCGAAUGGAGGAUUUGCGUACGUGAAAUCAAGCAACCGGACCUCACAGUUCUACAAGUUCUGGUACAAAUCAAGAGAAACUUACCCAGGGUUACAUGAUCAGGAUGUCCUCAAUAACAUAAAGCUUGAUCCGUAUAUAAAUGAGAUUGGACUUCGAAUCAGGUUCUUGGACACGGCUUAUUUUGGCGGGUUCUGUCAGCCGAGCAAAGAUUUGAACAAAGUGUGCACCAUGCAUGCAAACUGUUGUAUUGGUUUGAGUAACAAAGUGCAUGACCUGAAUAUCACCCUAGGAGUCUGGCAAAAAUACUUGUCACUGGAUAAUGACACUUGGAAGCCGACAAAUCGAUCACCAUGGACUGUCCCCAAACAUUGUUAA